AUGAGCAUGAUGUCUCUACUCCUGUUGAUGACGAUGCUGCUCCAGUUAUCGCUAUCCAGCGUAACUGCGCGACCGAUCUACUCUCCACCCGCCAUCCCUCAAGAACUCCAGGUCACCGCAGCCCAGCCUGAUCCUCUCGUACCAUCGACGCCGACCCACUACACGCUUCCUAGUCGCUUCCACCGAUACUGGAUGAAAGUAUCAUAUCAUCCUCUGCGGGUGAAUCAGUCCAAUGGAGGGCUCCAAGUUCCGCACUUCCAUUCUGGACCCUGGGACCGUGCCUGGAAGGCGUACGACAGCAUUGUGGAGAAGAUGAAGAUCUUUAAGCGCAGCGUCCCCAACGUUUCAGCACAGGAAAGAAUUAUUCAACAUCUUCGAUCGACAAGCUGGUGGCAACGCACCAAGGACUUCGGGAAGUGGGUCACUGGGCAAAAAGUCAAGGUCACUCGAGACCAGGUGCAAGCGGUGAAGGACAAGUACAAGAACAGCAAAUACCCGAACCCGAACAUGCGGACGCACACAGGGCCGAACGGCAGGACCGGGUCUGCUUUCGUAUCACGACCGAUUUACAUCCAGGCCCCAUCCAGAGCUAAACCUUCCAGAUUUCCUGGGUUCUUCCACUAG